CCAAAAAUGCUGGUCGACACGGACUUGGCGAGUGGUGUGAUCCGCUCGCCGUACAGCUUUGACAUCCCCCACGCGUUCAUUUUCAACGAGUCCGAGUUUGUGGAGCCCGUCUACUGCGGACCCUACAUGGAGAUAGUGAAGCACUUCGCCGAGACGUACCACUACCGGCUGCUCCUGGAUCCCGUCGAGAGCCUGCCCAAAAAGUCGGUGGUGGAGGAGGACAUCGGCAGCGGUGUGUACAACAUCUCGCUGCACGGCGUUACGAUUCGUCCGGACAAGAUCGGGAACUUAUCGGAGGUCACGCGGCACAGCUAUCCGCUGGAGAUGAUGACGCACUGCGUGAUGGUGCCCCUCGCCCCCGAGCUGCCCAAAUGGAUGUACAUGGUGUGGCCGCUGGGCAGAUACAUUUGGACCUGCGUCUUCCUCGGCACCUUCUACGUGGCCCUCCUGCUGAGGUACGUGCACUGGCGGGAGCCCGGGAACGCCACCCACUCCUACUCCCGGAACGUGCUCCAGGCCAUGGCCCUGCUGAUGUUCAGCCCCAACAUGAACAUGACCGUGAAGCUGAAGCACGCCUCGCUGCGCGUAAUCGUCUUCUACACGCUCCUCUUCGUCCUGGGCUUCAUCCUGACUAACUACCAUCUCAGCCACAUGACGGCCUUCGACAUGAAGCCGGUGUUCCUGCGGCCCAUCGACACCUGGUCGGACGAUCCACUCAAAGCUGCGCAUCGUCAUCCACGACUCGCUGCUGGAGGAGCUGCGCUGGCUGCCGGUGGUGAACACCACCUCGCUGGAUCCCCAGUUCGACGCGCGCAGCUGACAGGACUACCAGGCCCUGCUGGCCAGUCCCUCGCGGUCCUACGCCUAUGUGGUGACCCAGGACGCCUGGGUCUUCUUCAACCGGCAACAGCGCGUGCUCAUCCAGCCGUACUUCCACCUGUCCAAGGUGUGUUUCGGCGGCCUGUUCAACGCCCUGCCUAUGGGCACAGAUGCCAGCUUCGCGGAAUCUCUGGACCACUUCAUCCUGAACGUCUGGCAGGCGGGACUGUGGAACUACUGGGAGGAGAUCGCCUUUCGAUACGCCAAGCAGGCUGGCUAUGCGAGAGUAUUCCUGGACACAUACCCAGUGGAGUCCCUGAACCUUCAGUUCUUCAACACGGCCUGGAUUGUAUUGGGCGUGGGAAUACCCAUUAGCUCGCUGGUCUACUGCUUGGAGCUCUAUGUACACCGUCGGAGAGAGAGACGACCGCAGUACGACCGAUUUGAGUGCUAUGACUAGUUUUUGGUCAACUACCUAGUUUGUGGGAAU